AUGAUGUCGACAGCAAUUCUUGUGCCAGCUGCCACGAAUCCUUGGCUUCUACUGGUUUUCGUACCCGCCACUUUCCUAGCUGUCUACAUUACCAGCUACUACUUGAAGACAUCUAGGGAACUGAAAAGACUGGAAUCCAUUUGUCGCAGUCCGGUUUUCUCUCACGUUUCAGAGACCCUGAAUGGACUGGACACCAUUCGGACAAGGAAAAGACAAGAUGACUUUGUGGAUCGGUUUCAUGGGUGUGUUGAAAUCUUUUUUUAUUUUUUCAUUUUUGCAUGAUAUAGUGAUUACAGACAAACACCUCGGGAAAACGGACACCUAUAAAAGUUGAUCUAUGCCGCUCUUUACUCCCAGGGUUUGUGACAUCACUCUGAGACGGACCCAACGGUGUCCGUCUUCGGAGAGUCACGGCUAUCCCAGAAAAUAUCACUUCUUUCUACUCUCAAGCGCGAUUACUCAAAUGGUUUGAAGGUUAGGUUGCGUUUUCGAGUUUAUAAUGAGACACGUUAAAUUGAACCAAAAUCUUUUUUUGACAGACAAGAAACUCUCAGCAGAUGAUUCUUCAAGUUACUAUGGCAUACACACACCCAAUGAUAUUGGCUGUUUUAAGCAAUCUGACUGGUUCGCUAACUAGGAAAAUUGAGCAUCAUUCACUACCUAGCGAGUGGAAAAUACAUGAUCUUCAAAACAGAAACAAAAUGAAUUGAAUGAAAGAAGAUCAGAAACAAGUUAAGAAGCUUUUAACCGUUUUUAAUUAUGAUGACGUUAAGAUAAAUAAGUGUGUUCUACUUUUCAAGGCAUUGCAAGGCGAAUCGCGCAUGUCUAUCAAUGAUCUCUGCCGUACAAGCCUGAAAUUUGUUUUUCAGGCUUUCUUUUCGCAACUGCAAAAGUUGCGUAUACAGCUAUUUUGAGAAAGGUUGGUGGAAAAAGUGUGCACGCAACAAUCCCGAAAGGUAAUAUGGGAUAUGAUCGAUACACUGUUGCUGGCGACUGUAGCUGUCGAACCUACUUUUGUUGCUUUCCUUUAGCACUUGCAAACACAUUUCCAUGGCCUUUCGUGCCAAUUCUUUCAAAUUUCUCUGAAGAACAGUGAACUUAAAACCACCCACAAUGCCUUUCGGGAUUGUCGCGUGCACUUUUUCUGACAACCUUUCUCGAAACAGCUGUAUAACUGUCAUGAUCAUCCUUCAUUUAAUUCUUCACUCCGCAUUUCAAGCAUAUGAUUUUUAUAUAUUCAAAACUUGAUCUCUUAACUGUUACGAACAAAUCAGUGCACGGUAGAGAGACGAGACAUGGCCAAUAUAAUUCGUAUGCCCAACGUUUCGACACAUCUCCAAAGCGGGAAGGUCUUUUAGCGUCAGUAGCAUACGGUUGUGGAACAGUCUGCCUGAUGAUAUUAAAAGGAAAAACAGUCUUUCAUCUUUUAAGAAUGCUUUGAUAGCUUAUUUUAGAGAUUCUUAUAUUGAUAUUGAUAAUUUUGAAGCCUUAUUGUAAAUAUAUCUUUGUAUUGUUAGGUUAGUUAAUUUAGUUGAAGGCCAAUGGCUUAUCAGCUUCUACUGUUAUGUGAUAACUUAUUUUAAUGAUUCUUAUAUUGAUAUUACCAAUUUUUAAGCACUAUUGUAAAUAUAUAUCUGUAAUUUUUAGGUUAGUUAGUUUAGUUGGAGGGUCACUGGUUUAUCAGCUUCUGCUGUUAUGUGUUUACCCUCAUUUUAAAAUAAAGUUGAUUGUUAUUAGACUUUAAGUAUAAAUAAAAACCACAGGCCAACCAACCUCUGAUGAGGGAGUCAUUUUGCGAAAUAACUUCCCCACCGUCGGCUAGAAACGGGCAAAUUAGAAAUCAUCUUGAAUUCUCAUGAACAAAACAAGAAUUGCUUUGGGAAUAUACCGUAUUUAUUUGAAUAAGCGCCCAACCUCGAAUUAGCGCCCAACUCGAAUAAGCGCCCAUCCUAAAGGCAGAAAAAGAUAAUAAGCGCCCAGCCUCGAAUAAGCGCCCACCCCCUCCUCCCCCCAAUCAAACUCAAAUAAGCACUCACUCCCACCCCACCCAAUUAAGUGAAUAAGUUCCAAUAAGAGACUUCCUUGAGGACGGAGUUUUCUUCAGAGUAUUUUACAGAAACCUUGCUUCGUUACUUCUUCGCGUUUUGUUAUUAGCAUUUAUUGUUUUGUUGCAAAAUAAAAAUACUUCACUUGCUGAAAAUGGUGAAAAUUUAAUAAGCGCCCAGCCUCGAAUGAGCGCCCACCUCGAAUAAGCGCCCACUCUCAAGGUCCAAAAAUUUAAUAAGCGCCCAGGGCGGUUAAUCGAAUAAAUACGGUAAUAAAAUUUCUUUUGUUUUACUUCCUCAGGUAUCAAGAUGUAUACAGUCAGGUAUAUAUUAUGGUGAAGGCGAGUGCUCGGUGGCUUGGUGUUCAUAUGGAUCUUCUCUCUGCUAUAUUAAUUGGUACACUGGCAGUAGCUGCCGCUUUGGUUUCUCAAGAUGCUGGUACGUGAACCAAUAUCCAGUCAUAACAUUCUUUCAACAUCGUGAAAGAGAACUUUAAGCUAAAUACACUUUUUCGCGUUCUUAUAUACAGAGGAAUAUCGAUUUUUCGAACCACCUUUGGAAUAGCGUUGAAAUUGGUUUAAUUGGGCCUUGUCCGGUCCACAUAAAAUCAAUUUGAGCCUUGCUCCGCUACUCCCUUGAAUACCGAAAAACCCAAACUUAAGAGAAAUGAAAGGUUUUUCUCUUUUGGCUCAUUAUAAAGCUGAAUUUGCAAAACGGAAACAAAAUCGAAAUUAUUUUUAACCAAAUUGAACCAUUUUCAACAAUAACAACGCCAAGUAAACAAAAACAAAACAAAUGUUUCUCUUCCCGCCCACUUCAUUUUUCGGGUCCGCCUCUCUUUUUUAUCAUUUGUUAUUGGAAAAGUUGGAACGCACAAAAACCAAUAGCGGCGGUAUGCCAAAAGAGGAGAUACAAGCCAAAGAAAAAAAACAAGAAACUUUCAGGCAGGCUAAAUGAUAAAGCCAAGCAUUCAUUACACACUGCGUCCUAUUCACGUUUUUAAUGCAACCUACAUAACGAGAUAUAAGGUACGACACAUCACGUUGCUGUUUAAAACUUGUACCCUAUAAACCACAUUUGUGUUUUAGCAAUAUCUGACGUUUCAUUCAAUCCCGACAUUAAUAUUUGUCCGAAGAACUCCAUCUUAUCCUUAGGAGAAGGCAAUAAUAAUUUGUAAAGAAAGCAUUAAAUUUAAAAGUAAAUAAAAGUCAGAAAUAACAAAAAAGAUCCCGCCUGCUCUCUUUUUCGAAGAAAGCCGGACGAGAAACAGUUGCCGCUUUUUUUUUUUUGCUUGGCCUAACACGAACAAAAACAACUAUUAACAGUAGCAGUAUUUAGUACGGUUUUUAUUACCAAAAGCGGUAGGAUGCAAAAUUAAUAAGGUCAGCUGUAACAAAAACUGAUAAACACGUUAAAUAUUCUUUUUCUUUUCCAAUUAGCAUUUGCUGGUCUAGCCCUUGUUUACGUUAUUCAAACUUCAGUUGUCACACAAUACGCCGUCAGGAAAGCUUCAGAAGUCGAGAAUUUAAUGACAUCAGUUGAACGAGUUAUCACGUAUACUAAACUUGAGUCUGAGCCUGGAUACAAAGUGAAACGACGUCCCCCGGAAAAUUGGCCAAGUGAAGGAAAUAUCACAUUCUAUGACGUAUCACUGACGUAUUAUCCGGGGGGUCCUCAAGUACUGAAGAAAAUCAACCUCACAAUCAAAGGAGGAGAAAAGAUUGGUAUCGCUGGUCGAACGGGCGCAGGAAAAUCUUCAUUUGUCGCUUCUCUAAUGCGCAUGCCCGAAGCCGAUGGAGGGAUAACGGUCGAUGAAGUUCGAAUAAAGGACAUAAACCUCUGCGAAACACGACGCUCAAUAUCAAUUCUAGGCCAAAGUCCUGUUCUUUUUAGUGGAUCACUCAGAAAAAACCUUGAUCUUAUGGAGCAGUUUCAAGACGCAGAAUUGUGGUGCGCUCUGGAAGAUGUACAGCUGAAAGAUUUAGUGGAAAGCCUAGAGGGGCAGCUGAAUCAUGAGUUAUUGGAGUACGGGGGAAAUGUCAGUGUGGGAGAACGCCAACUGAUCUGUUUGGCUCGAUUGUUGCUACAGCAGAACAAGAUCAUUAUCUUGGAUGAGCCAACUGCACACGUUGAUCCAGACACAGAACAAACCAUCUGGAAGGUAGUUCAUGAGAAGCUGAAGGACUCCACAAUCAUCACUAUAGCUCAUCGUUUAAACACGAUAAGAGACUGUGACAAGAUACUGGUAUUAAAGGACGGACAAGUUAAGGAAUUUGACGGGUUUGAUAGGUUAUUGAAUACAAAAGGAAGCGUCCUGCGAGAAAUGGUUGAAAAGCUAGGAGUGUGA